AUGAAUUCUGGAAUGCCUUUUGAUUUGAAUGAGCCAGCAGAUGAAGACACAGAAGGGCAAACACAUGAACCAGUUGAUCUACAUCAUCACAAAACAAGGGCAAAGCUCAGCUGUGACUCAAGGAUGCAAGUAGUCAUGUGGCUGUUGAACAACCAGACAGAGGGGAAGCUUAACCAUGGUGCAAUUCAAGAAGUGGCCAAUCUCUUCAAUGUAACCAGGAGAACAAUCAGCACAAUAUGGAGCACUGCAAAAAUGCAGAAGGCAGCAGGUCAGCCAUACAACAUGACAACAAAGGGUCACAACUCAGGGAGAAAAAGAAUACAAGUGCAACCUAAUGCAAUAACUGAGAUAAAUAUGGGGGACAGAGCAUGCAUAAGAGACUUGGCAGUGCAGCUUAAAGUCUCUUCAAGUACAGCAAACCGAAUGAUAAAGAGGGGACUUAUUAAACCUCAUACAAAUCCAUUACAUCCUGCUUUGAAAGAGGCAAACCUUUUUCAAAGGAUUGAAUGGGUUCUAAAUUUGUUGAUGGGAGACACACCAACAACAAAGAGGCAGUAUUAUCCCAUGUACAACUUUGUACAUAUUGAUGAAAAAUGGUUUUAUCUAAGCAAAAAAUCACAGAGGGUUUACCUGGAAAGAAAUGAAAAGGGCAAGUACAGGGCAGCCAAGUCAAGCAAGUUUAUACCCAAAGUAAUGUUCACAGCAGCUGUAGCAAGACCAAGAUUUAAUGCAGAUAAAGAGUGUACCUUUGAUGGGAAGAUAGGUAUCUUCCCAUUCACUUACCAAGAGCCAGCAAAGAGAGCUUCCAAAUACAGAGCAAAGGGGACAGUUAUGACCAAGAUAGUUGAAUCUGUUGGUAAAAAAGAAACAAGGCACAUGUUGAUCAAUAAAAUCAUACCAGCAAUCAUGCAGAAAUGGCCACAAACAGAAGGUCAUAAGACUAUAUACAUACAGCAGGAUAAUGCGAGGACACAUAUAGGUCAAGAUGACCCAGAGUGGCAAGCAGCUCAUCAACAAGGUGACUUCACAUUCAUUCUAGUGCAACAGCCACCAAACAGUCCAGAUUUGAAUAUCUUGGACUUGGGUUUUUUUAGAAGCAUACAGUCUCUAAUGCACAAAAAAAUGCCAAAGGAUGUUGAUGAUAUGUUGGAGGCAGUGCAUCAUGCAUAUAAUGAAUUAGAGCCAACAACAUUGGGAAAUGUUUGGUUAUCCUAUCAAUAUGUCAUGAAUGAAGUGCUAAAAGUGAAAGGUUCGAAUGAUUACCUUGUGCCUCAUGUCAAUAAGAAAAAAUUGGCAGCUGAGGGGAAGCUACCAAUUCAAGUCACUGCACCAAUGUGGGCUGUCCACGAGGCAUGGAAUUACAUACAGGGGAAUAGAGCAUCAUCUUCAACAGCUUAA